UGAACUGGGAUCAAGAUGAGUUCCCCACUCACAAGAGGAGUGAAAGCUGUUUCUGACAUUCCUGUGACCGCAGUUCUGUUUGUUUUCACAUUACGACAUCUGAACAGGGAAGUGUUUCACUCGAUUUAUUGCGGCUCCGCUGAAAUUCUCAAAUUGCAUGAUUAUUACUUAGCAGGUUCUCUUCCGUGGCAGAGUGCUCAUCUGGUGAUGGGUUGGAUGAAAGUCCUGUCGGUGAACAUCAUGACCAGCAGCAUGUUACUGAGCCUCCUCUUUAUUUCAGGCACCCUGGUUUAUUGUCGUUUUAAUCCUACCCUCUUCAUCACUGCACCAAAGAAGAUGGAAGCACUGAAUGGAUCUUGUUUACGAAUCCCCUGUAACUUUAGAGCUGAAGAAGGAAAACAGUUUGACAGCAGAAGAACUAUGUUUGGAGUUUGGAUUAAAAAUGACGAACGCUUCGCCAACUAUCCACGGAAUGUUAUUUUCAACAGCAGUAAGACAGUUAACGACUAUCCAAUGGAAUUGAUUGGAAACCUGAGUCAGGGAAACUGCACCACUCGGUUUUCUAAUUUAACCACAAUUUAUACAGACAGAUAUUUCUUCAGAAUCGCCAACUUUCCAUUCAUGGCAACAGCUUCUUGUGAACCUGUUUGGAUAGAAAUCAAAGAUUCUCCGUGGAGUACCAGAAUCAACAUCUCAGGUGAACUGAAGGAGAAGAAGUCUGUCACUGUCAGCUGCUCAGCUUUCACUCCCUGUCCACACUGCCCUCCUCAACUCACCUGGAACCUCCAACAAAACUCUCACAGCCAAAUAGAGGAAAACACAGAUGGAACCUUCACAACUAAAAUCCAGCAGAGCAUCACUCUGUCAGACUCACAUGAUGGAUUCAACAUCAACUGCUCUGCCACAUAUCCUGUGGAUGAAGGAAAACCUAGAAAGACCAAAGAGACACAACAGACUCUCAGUGUUACAUAUGCCCCCAAAGAAACCUCAGCAUGCAUCAGUCCAUCAGGUUUGGUGUCAGCAGGUAGCUGGGUGAACCUGACCUGCUCCAGCAGAGCCAAUCCUCCCGUCAGCAACUUCACCUGGUUCUUAAAAACUGAAGAUGGACCCAUGAAAGUAGCUGAAGGAUACUUUUAUAACUUUAAUGUCACUCAUGGAGGAGUUUAUUACUGUGAGGCCACAAAUAUUCUUGGUAAUCAGAUGUCAGCUGAGAUUCUUCUAACUGUUGAAGGAGAUCCUGGCUCCUUCCAAUGGGAACCAAUUCUUGGAGUGAUCAUUGGGAUCAUCUUACUCAUCUGCUUGAUUGUCUUUGCUUGGUGGUUAAAGUCAAGGCAUCAAACUCAACAGCAGAGUCAGACCGGUGAAGAGCUGGUUGUUGACGAGCCAGAAAGAAAAACUGAAGAAGAAGAAGAAGACAACAUCCGUUAUGGAGAGAUCGACUUCAAGCAGAGACGUGAACCUCCCUCUGGCUCAGUGAAGGACGUCCAACAGCAGCAGGACACAGUGUACACAGAGGUGAAAGUCAACAAGUCAAACGAUGCAACACAGACAGACGAUACACCAGAGGAACUCUACACUCAAGUGAAGAAAAAAUAAGAUUGUGUUAUGUGAUGACAUAAAUUACAUUUGUGUAAGUCACAGUUUGUUGAAGAGAAGCUCAAGUCCUCAAGAUCCUGCAGCUUUUCUAAUUAAACAGAGUUCAUAUUUGUGUGCUGAUAGGUGAUGUUUCAUUUUUUAAUAAACCAGAUGUGUAAAAAUAAAUGUUCCAAAGACAACAGUUCUAUAAAUGUAUUCAAUAUGUAAAGGGUUAUAUUUCAUGUUUUAAAAAUGUCCUAUGUCAUUUUGUUUGAUGGUGUUUUAGAUUAUCUCAUACAAAGCACUAUAAAUAGUCAUUUUAUUAUGAUUUUGUCUAUUAUCUUCAUUUUCUCAUUCUUAAACACUGCAAGAGAAAACCGUGUGCCUUAUUGUUUCCAUUAUUAUGCCUCCUAAGUAUAAUUUUAUAAAUUUCCAGUUUUAUACUUCAAGUCAAUCCAGAUAAUGUAUUAGUGUGAACCAUUUGUUGUAAUGCACAGUUCAGCCCUGUAUAAUGCAUUUCUCUCUUAUCUACAUGGAAAUGUUUUGUUUUUUGGAGAAAAUAAUAAAUAAUUGA